AUGAAUCCCUCCGUCGCACCCUCAACGGCUGAAUAUGGUGGGGAUGAGGUCUCGGCGAUUGUGCUCGAUCCCGGCUUCUCGACGACACGGGCUGGUUUUGCAGGGGAGGACACACCCAAAUCCUUGAUUCCAACAUACUAUGGCAAAUAUUCCUCGGAGGGACAGGAAAACUUGAUUUUCGGUGACGAUGUCUUUGUUACGCCCCGACCCGGUCUGUCGAUCCACAACCCAAUGGGUCGGGACGGCAUCGUGGAGGACUGGGAUAUGGCCGAGAAAGUGUGGGAAUACGCCUUUACUUCGCGCCUAACGGGCCCAAAGCCUGGCAACCCUCUACAUAACGGGCUGAAUGAUGCACCGGAAGGCGAGUUGCCCACAGAGAUGGAAGGGGUGGAAUCCGAGGAGAAGCUGCUUGCCGAUAGCCCAUUGCUGAUGUCGGAGCCCGGCUGGAAUCCUACGAAAGCGCGCGAGAAGACUAUUGAGAUUGCCAUGGAAAAAUGGGGAACCCCGGCCUUCUAUCUGGCCAGGAAUGGAGUUCUCGCAGCCUUUGCGGCCGGCAAAGCAUCCGCUUUGGUGAUUGACAUUGGCGCUUCUAAUAUCUCCGUGACCCCGGUCCACGACGGCAUGAUACUGAAGCGGGGAGUGCAACAUUCUCCCCUCGGAGGCGAUUAUGUCUCAUCUCAGAUUCGCGCACUCUUCAAGUCAAACACACCGCAGCCGAUAUCGAUCACACCUCAUUAUCUGAUUUCGUCGAAGACGGCGGUCGACGCUGGCCAACCCCCGCAAGCCAAAUACAAGACCUUCUCUCCAGAACGGGCGCCUGAUGCAUCCUACAGAACCCUCCUGGAAGAACGGACACUGUCCGAGUUCAAGGAAUGUGUCGUUCAGGUCUGGCCUGGCCCCAAUAAACUGUCUGCCGCAGGCCCCAACGGUGUCUCGAACGAAGAACUUGCAAAGAGCAAUCCUGGUCGGCCUUUCGAGUUCCCCGAUGGCUAUAACCAAGUCUUCGGAGUCGAUCGCUAUAGAGUGGUGGAAUCCCUAUUUGACGCCAAAGCUGCGAUUCCGGACCCCGAAUCGGUGUUUAUCGCACCGACGCCGGCCCAAACCGUGCCGGAGCUCAUAAAGAACGCGCUGAACGGUGUCGACGUCGACAUCCGCCCGCACUUAUUGGCGAACGUCGUUGUGACGGGUGCCUCGAGCUUACUCUAUGGUUUCACGGACCGUUUGAACCAGGAGCUCAUGCAGAUGUUUCCAGGUCCGCGCGUGCGGAUAUCGGCCCCGGGAAACACUGCGGAGCGGAAGUUUGGUUCCUGGAUCGGUGGAAGUAUUCUCGCCAGUCUGGGGACCUUCCACCAGAUGUGGAUCUCUAAGAAGGAGUUCGAUGAACAUGGCCCAAAUAUUGUGGAAAAGCGCUGCAACUUGGUUAUUUGGUCCUCGUCUUCUCAUUGUUCCUCAUUCCCAUCCCAGAACCCUACUUCCUUUGGCAGACUUGCUGCUCGAGUUAUUCAUUCUCACGAUCGCCCGCGACAGCUUGCACGAAUUUUGGGCGCCAAACGUGAUGCUAACCAUUUGACGGCACCGGCGGCCGACUCGAAGAAACCCAAAGCCAAUGGAAGCAUCACUUCAUUUUUUGGGGUUCCCAAGACAAAGUCGAAUGAUCCAAAGUCGCCAAUCACGUCGUCAUCCUCUAGCUUCAAUAAGCAAAAAUGGGUGGCUUCAUUAACUCCAGAACAAAAGAAGCUCCUUCAACUUGAGAUUGACACCCUGGACGAGAGCUGGCUGGCACAGCUAAAGGAGGAAGUGGUGAAACCGGAGUUCCUGGCACUGAAACGCUUUCUCCAGAAAGAAAAGCAAUCAGGAACUAAAGUCUUUCCUCCUGAAGAUGAAAUUUACUCUUGGUCCCGUCAUACGCCUCUCCAUAAAGUGAAGGUAGUCAUAAUCGGCCAAGAUCCUUACCAUAAUCAUAAUCAGGCCCACGGCCUUGCAUUCUCCGUCCGCCCCCCAACUCCCGCUCCGCCUUCACUCGUCAAUAUCUUCACCGAAAUCCGUAAUGACUAUCCCUCCUUUCAAAGACCUGCAAACAAGGGCGGCCUUCUCACUCCCUGGGCCGAGCGUGGUGUAUUAAUGCUCAACACCUGCUUGACCGUUCGUGCACAUCAGGCUGCUAGUCAUUCAAACAAGGGGUGGGAAUUGUUCACGCAAAAAGCCAUAGAGUUGGUGGCCCGAGUUCGGACACGUGGGGUUGUCUUCCUUGCAUGGGGCACGCCUGCAGGAAAGCGCGUGACAGGCAUCAAUAGAGCAAAGCAUUAUGUCCUGCAAUCAGUGCACCCAAGUCCGCUAAGUGCAUCAAGAGGAUUCUAUGGAAACCAGCAUUUCAAGAAAUGCAACGAGUGGCUUGCUGAACGCUAUGGUGUUGACGAGAUCAUCGACUGGGCCUUGACUUCGAAGAACAAAACCAGUGCCCCUCUUGCCACCAUUCAGAGCCCGGCUUCAACGGACACCUCUAAGACGUCCGCCGCAGAAGAGUCAGAUGCUGGCUUUCCAGAAGAAGAAAAUAACCAUGCGACAACAGAGCCCCCCAGGUCUACUGACACUGCUGACGAAUUUGAAGAUGACCUCGAUGCGCUGGAAGCCCUAGCAGCAACGGAAACGAACAGGUAA